AUGUCGUCCACCAGCAACGCCUCCAUUGACAAGUUCAACGGAGACAAUUACGCAACGUGGAGCCGGUACAUGCGCGGUGUGUUUUUGACGAAGUCCUUCUGGCACGUUGUCAACCGUGAAGUGACUCCGACUUUCACCAACCCGCGAGCGUCCGAUGACUACGUCAAGGCAAGCAACGUCGCGUUUGGUAUGAUGCUGCUGCACAUGAACGCGGACUACCAUCAUGUGCUCGACAACUGCGAGGAAGCCUGGGUUGCGUGGACAAGUCUGAAGACGCUGUACGGUGGGUCGCAGAAGGCAGGACGCAUCUACCUCAAGCGGCAACUUUUCAGUAUCAAGAUGGCUGAAGGCGCGAACGUCAUGCAUCACUGCAACGAGGUCCUCAACAUCUCCGCCAAGCUUAGCGGCAUCGGUGCGAAGAUGGAAGACGAAGACGUUGCAAUUUGUCUGCUACUCAGUCUUCCGAAGAGCUACGAAAAUGUGGUGCUCAACAUGGAAAUGAGCAGCACCGAGCUUCGCACUCAAGAUGUGGUGAGAGUCCUGACGAAUGAGCAUGCCAAGCGUCAAGGAGAAAAAGGGACAACGACAGCGACUACGGUGAAGGCUGAAGAUGCAAGCAAGGCAUUCAGCGCCGAGCGUGAGCCCUAUCAAUGCACAUAUUGUGGCAAGGUGGGACACACGGUGGAUCGUUGCUGGACAAAGCAGAAGAACGAAGGUCGGGGAGCCCGACGAGGCGGCAAUGGUCGUGGACGCGGGGCUAACAAUGUCCAGUGGGAACAUCAUGAUGAAGGCAAUGGCUACGAUCGAGUGGCGUUUGCAGUCUCGUUCGAAUGUGGAGUUUCGACGAGCAAGGACGUGUCUGGAAUGUGGGCCGUCGACAGUGGUGCAACGCACCACAUUUGCCACGACAAGACCAAGUUCGCAAGUUUGGCAGAGCGCAAUGAGGGCGAACUCUUGGUGGCUGAUGGCAACAAGGUGGCCAUUAAGGGUGUGGGAACCAUCAUGGAAAAGGUGGUUCUGCCCAACGGUGAAGAGCGUGAGAUCGAAAUCAAGAACGCGCUAUAUGUUCCAAGUAUGAGCAAGAACCUGCUCUCGGUGCCACAGAUUAACAGCCAUGGCAAGUUUCAAGUCGUGUUUGACGGGUCCAAGAUGUAUGUAACUCUCAAGAACUCACAGCAAGUGGUGGCGACAGCGGAUCUCGUGGAUGGACUCUACUGGCUUCGGACGACUCAACGAUCAGCGAAUGUGACAACAAGUGGAACCAGUUGUGCCGAUCUACAUGCGAGAAUGGGUCAUGCUCCAGUCGAUGUACUUCGCAAGAUGAUCGCGACCAACAUGAUCAAGGAUUUGCGAGUCCCUCUCAACAACCGAGACAAGCGCAGCUACGAUACGUUUGAGCUACUUCAUCUGGACAUCUGCGGGCCCAUGGAAAAGGAUUCGCUCGGUGGCAGCAAAUAUUUGCUGCUGAUCAUCGACGAAGCCAGUGGAUGCAUGAAGGGCUUUUGUCUGCGAGUGAAGUCCGAGAGUGAAGAUUACAUCCGGAAAUAUAUCACCAUGGUACAGACGCAAUUCUGUAAGAAGGUCAAGUUCGUGCGACACGACGGAGCUCGCGAGUUUGCAACCAACUCGCUUCAACUGUUCUACGAAGACGAAGGCAUUGAACAGCAGACAACGGUGCCGUAUGCACAUCAAACAAACGGAACAGCAGAGCGUGCCAUUAGGACUAUUGUCACGAUCGGCCGCAGCAUGUUUCAUCAUGCCAAACUGGACAAGUGUUUCUGGGCCGAAGCAGCGAUGACGGCCAUCUACGUCAAGAAUCGACUGCCGUCACCUAAAGUCGUGCACAAGACCCCGUUUGAGAUCGUCUACAACUUGAAACCAAGCGUCAAGCACAUGCGAACAUUCGGGUGUCAGACAUACAUACUGACGCCUAAAGAGAAUCGACUCAAGUGGGAUCCAAAGGCUCGCGCUGGCAUAUUCGUGGGCUACGAAGAAGUUUCGAAGGCAUAUCGUGUUUAUGACAUCGAGGCGGGGCAGGUGGUUAUCAGCCGCGAUGUCAACUUUGACGAGUCCACCUUUGGACUUCAACUGCCGAUCACUGAUAAAGAUGUCGAUGACCUGGACUUCGAAUUGCUGGAUCUUGAUGACGAAGAGCUGCGUCAAAUGGAGUACAAGCAAACAGGCAAGCGCAAGAACCGACUCAAUGAUGAAGAUACAGCAGCUCCACGACCGCGUGCAGUGCGUCAACGACCAGGACUAGAAGAGUCAAGCGCGCCGGAAAACAACUCGUCACGCCAAGAAGAAGACGAAGAAACGAAGGAUUCUGGUGAUUCAACACCGCCUGUGUUUUGGCGUGCGAGUGCAAAUGCCGUUGAAGCAGCAGUGGACUUAUCAGAGCCCUCAACAUUUGAAGCAGCAGUAAGCGGCCCUGACCAAGUGCACUGGAGAAAAGCAAUUCAUGCAGAGCUCGAGUCAAUGCGACUUCGCGGUGUGUUUCGUGCAGCCAAGCUGCCCAACGGACAACGCGCCAUUGGCACAAAAUGGGUGUUCAAGAUCAAGCGCAAGGCGGAUGGGUCGAUCGAUAAGUACAAGGCACGACUUGUGGCCAAGGGUUUCCGCCAAAAGUAUGGCAUCGACUACACGGAGACGUUUUCGUCUGUGGUCAAGUAUGUGACGCUGCGAAUGGUGAUCGCAAUUUCCAAGCAUUUUGGAUGGCCCAUCGACCAGCUUGAUGUGGUGACAGCUUUCCUGUAUGGCGUCAUGAAGGAACAAGUGUUCUGCGCGAUUCCUGAAGGCGUCGAACUUGACAGUACGUUCGACUGCCUGGAAUUGGUGAAGUCAAUUUACGGCCUCAAGCAAGCGUCGCGAGUGUGGAACGAGACGUUCGACGAGUAUUUGUGCUCCAUCGGAUUUCAAGUAUCGGACUUCGACCCAUGUCUCUACAUCAAGACUUCGGACGGCCAUUGCGUGUUUAUACUGGUCUACGUGGACGACAUCUUGGUUACUGGAAGCUCGCUCGAGCUGAUUGCACAAACCAAAAACGACCUGAAGACGCGGUUCGAAAUGACGGACAGCGGCAAGUGUGCGUUUGUUCUUGGGAUCGAGCUUUUGGACGGUGAAGAUGGCAGUGUAACACUAUGUCAGCGUCGGUAUAUCGAUGAUAUCCUCAAGCGCUUUGGCAUGGAUGAUUGCAAGGCAGUCGCAAGUCCAGUCGACAUGAGCUCUCGACUUGUUUCAAGUGAUGCAACUACCAAGGUCGAUGCUCCUUUUCGCGAAGCUGUUGAUGCACCUGGCCACUGCAACGCGUCCGGACAUUGCGUUUGCUUUAAGCGUAUCUUUCGCUACCUACAAGGCACCAAGACGCAUGGAAUUUGCUACAAGCCAAGUGCAAGGAUCGACUUCCGUGGAUAUUCGGAUGCGGAUUGGGCUGGUGAUCUUACCGACCGCAAGUCAACAUCGGGGUACACGUUCAUGCUACUCGGUGCGCCAGUGAGUUGGGGCAGCAAGAAGCAGCCAAGUGUUUCGUUGUCCACGAGUGAAGCCGAAUACAUCGCACUCAGCUUGGCGAUUCAAGAGGGCAAGUGGAUUCAUCGUCUGCUUUGUGAGAUCGUGAUGGCUGCCAAUGAAGAAGGACCGGAACUCAUGAUUCAUGAAGACAAUCAGUCAUGUAUCAAGAUGACGAAGAACCCGGUCAACCACGGCCGUGCCAAGCACAUUGAUAUCAAGUACCAUCACAUCCGUAAUGAGGUCAAGCGCGGUGAAGUGAAGCUCAAGUACUGUGAAACUGCGGUGAUGUUAGCGGACAUCAUGACGAAGGGACUUCAUGGACCACGCCACAAGGAGAUGACGGCGACUCUCGGGAUUCGUGAGCAUUCGGAUUGA